AUGAUUUAUGUUUUCUUCAAUAUUUAAAAAUGGAAUUCAAUUGGUGAUAAAGGUGCAUCAGGCUUAGGUUCUGCUUUAGCAAAGUGCAUUAAUCUCUCAAAUUUGACACUUUAGCUUAAGUGGAAUUCAAUUGGUGAUGAAGGUGCAUCAGGCUUAGGUUCUGCUUUAGCAAAGUGCAUUAAUCUCUCAAAUUUGACACUUUGGCUUGGUAGCAAUUCAAUUGGUGAUGAAGGUGCAUCAGGCUUAGGUUCUGCUUUAGCAAAGUGCAUUAAUCUCUCAAAUUUGAAACUUAACCUUGGUAACAAUAAAAUUGGUGAUGAAGGUGCAUCAGGCUUAGGUUCUGCUUUAGCAAAGUGCAUUAAUCUCUCAAAUUUGAAACUUAACCUUGGUGGCAAUUAAAUUGGUGAUGAAGGUGCAAAAGGCUUAAGUUCUGCUUUAGCAAAUUGCAUUAAUCUCUCAAAUUUGGAACUUGAUUUUCAUCAAAUUUAAAUUGGUGAUGAAGGUGCAUCAGGCUUAGGUUCUGCUUUAGCAAAGUGCAUUAAUCUCUCAAAUUUGACACUUUUGCUUGAUAAGAAUAAAAUUGGUGAUGAAGGUGCAUCAGGCUUAGGUUCUGCUUUAGCAAAGUGCAUUAAUCUCUCAAAUUUGACACUUUAGCUUAAUGAAAUUUAAAUUGGUGAUGAAGGUGCAUCAGGCUUAGGUUCUGCUUUAGCAAAUUGCAUUAAUCUCUCAAAUUUGGAACUUGAUUUUCAUAACAAUUAAAUUGGUGAUGAAGGUGCAUCAGGCUUAGGUUCUUCUUUAGCAAAGUGCAUUAAUCUCUCAAAUUUGACACUUUACCUUGGGUAAAAACAGUUUAUUUGUUUUGGAUUGUGA